GUCUUCUCUAAUGAUGCGAACACCGCCCGCUCAACGAGAUAAAGCGUCAGGAAGCGAGGACAACGCAUUCACUUUUGACCUUGCCGUCGUCGACCUGGGAAAAUGUGGCCGUUCUCCAGCGGAUAUCCGACUCGUACGCCAGAGAGCGUAGCGUCGCAGACGUUUGACUACAUUGUCGUCGGUGGCGGAACAGCGGGAUGUGUGCUUGCGUCGAAGCUCUCGGAGGAUCCAAACGUCAGCGUGCUCCUGUUGGAGCGUGGUCCGGUCGUAGACACCUGGGCCUCAAAAGUGCCUCUCCUCUCCGUUGACUACCGCCCGCCGACGGCACCAAAGUAUGGAUGGCUCGCUGCGCCGCUCGCGGCUGCCGUGGGCACGCCGCCGCUCGAGAUGAUCUCGGGUAAGCUGUUGGGCGGUACCUCGAAGAUCAACGCGUUCGUCUAUGCACGGUCCGUCCCCGGAGAGUACAAUGCUUGGGCUGAGGCGGGCCGCACAGGGUGGAGCUGGGAGGAGGUUGAGCCGUACUUCAAGGGCAUGGAAAACGUGCUGUCGUACAAGAACCCUCAUCGCGGCGACAAGGGUCCUUGGAAACUUCGCAAAAUUGACACUGUCUUCUUCGAGAAUACCCCUGCUGUAAUUAAGGCGACCUCGGCACUGGAUAUACCCUUUCUGGACGAAGCGAACGACCCAAGCGCUCCGUCGACCUUUUGCAACCGUGCCGACCUGGCCUUGAAUGAGAAGGGUCAGCGACAGUCGACGUUCGAUGCCUUCUUGCCUCCCGAAGUUGCCUGGAAGCGUCAAAAGAACCUAUUCGUUGUCCCUCAGGUUGUGGUGUCGAAGCUCGACCUGCAGCCUUCCGCGAACGGGACGCGUGCCGUUGGAGUCUACUUCCAGCGGGAUUCUAUCACUGGUGGUUCAUCUGCGACGCAAUUCUACGUCUCGGCUCGCCAUGAGAUUGUCCUAUGUAGCGGAGCUAUCGCGAGCCCGCAGGUGCUCAUGUUAAGUGGUGUCGGCCCUGCAGAGCACUUGCGCGAGCACAACAUUCCUGUUGUCAAGGAUCUUCCGGGCGUGGGUUCAGAGCUGCAAGACCAUGUUGGUAUACCGCUCAUCUACCGGAUCCCGCCGGAUGAUAGCCUCUACAAGCUUGAGCGCAGCCCGCUCUUUGGCCUCAAGGAGAUGCUGAAAUACAUCUUCUUCGGGCGCGGCAUCUUCCUAUUCCCGAAUCCACAGCUUUUCGUAUUCGCACAGUCCCAGUACCUCGAUCAAGAUUUCAAGACCGUGCUGCCCGACGCUUCCGCAUCCAACGCACAUCUCGCUUCCAACGUUCCCGACAUCGAGAUCAUGCACAUCCCUUACUGCGCCUGGGAGUUCCGGAAGCUGAAGGAUGACGAGGGGGCCAUGUCGUUCUUCUGCGUGCUGCUGAAGCCUCACUCGCGCGGCACGGUCCGCCUGACGUCGGUCGAUCCCUGCUCCCGACCGGCGUGCGACCUGAACUUCCUGAGCGACGCGCGCGACUGGCCUACGCUGCGCAAGGCAGUGCGGCUCGGACUCGCGCUUGGGCGCAAGGUUGAGGAGGGCGGCUAUCCGCUCGGGAACAUGCUGCAGCCUGAGGACGAGUCCGACGCGGGCAUCGACGCGUUCGUGCGCAAGAGCGUGCGCACGACGUACCACUACUCGUCGACGUGCCGCAUGGCGCCCGAGGCCGAAGGCGGCGUCGUCGACGACGAGCUCCGCGUGCACGGCAUCGAGGGCUUGCGCAUCGCCGACGCGAGUAUCUUCCCGACUAUCCCCGCGACGCAUCUCCAGGCACCCGCGGCGAUGGUAGCUGCACGUUGUGCAGACUUCCUCAAGAACGCUCGGUUCUCAAAAUGAUUCGUUCCAUUUUUAGGUUAGCUCUUCAGGGGAACGACGUUGUUGGUUCUUCGUAGCAUAUGCACAGGGAUUGUGCAGCAGGUGUCCUGUUGCGGACAAGGCAACCGAAGCCGUGAUUUCAGCGGGUGCAUUACUGCUAGCGUGUCUACUACAUCGUGUGUCAUUGUACCCUAUCAGAUUUAAAGCUCAACCACAGUUCGGA